CAUUUCCGGUUAUUGGUCGUUAAAAAUCAAACGGGUGCAGAAGAAUAGUAAACAUUGUUGUACGGUGGUGGUGUGUGCUUGGGCCUGUCCAGGGCGAGUAUGAGACGGGAGAGCGUUAGAUGCUUUAAAUGUGUUCUUGGGGCAGUAAGCUGUCACGGCCUCUGGCGAGGAAGAUUGAUCGCGUGCAGGCUUCCAGGGCUCUUUGUUUGGAAUAUAAGCAAUAAAGUGCUCGCGGCCUACUCACUCUCCGAGCAGAGCAGGACUACUGCACAUAACAAGGGCAACGCCACUUGAUUGAAAAUGUUUUUUAAGCGGAUACAUUUAUCACAGCCCAGCACAAGGAGCUUAGCGCUCAGACGUACAGUAGGCUCCAGUGUGUAUGUGCGUAUGUGUGUUUGUCAGUGUGCCGCAGAACAGGAGCUGCAGUGGGACAAGAACAGUGACUACAGAAGCACAUUCCCCUAACCUCCACGCGGGCUCCUCGAGCAGAACGCAGCUGAACCACUGCGCGUCUCAACACCUCACCUGAGCUUCUGAGGCUCAAUCGAUUUCCAUUCAUCAGGAGAGGGAAUAGAUGACAUCAUCACAUGAACGAUGCGGGACAUCAGGCAAAGGUUUCACAGUGUAGCAGAGGCUUAACAAGUAGAGAAUAGCAUACUUCGUUACUGUUCCUUUUCUAUAGGCUAGUCAUGAUUAUUGGAAAAUAACUUCAUGGAAUAUUGAUUAUGAUGUGGACUUCGUGCUGGAUAUUCUUCCACAAUCACAGAAGUUUGGGCAGUGGUUUUGAGGGCUACCCAUGAUGUGUAUUACUCUGCGGCUUCCAUUUUGAACAUCCAAUGUUAUUAGUACGAAUUCCUCACCCGCCAGAAAACACACACACACACACACACACACACACACAUAUUCUUCAACAUAUUCUUCAACGGAUGUUCUUGGGCGCGCGUUCACGCAUGUGGCUUUGUGUUGGAGUGUGUAAAAGCACGAGACUGCCAAGCAUCUGUGUGCGCGCGGGGGAGUGGCGCGCAUGCAUGUAACGAGAUGAGAACGCGCACGAAUCCGCGGGCACACUUUUGUUGGGAGGAAUUAUUCCACAAACUCUACAUAUUAGAAUGGGUACGUUUGAUAAUAGCGCGAGACAGGCCCGCGUGUUGACAUGAUUUGUGAUGUGACAGGCAGCGGUGGGAUGCGACGCGCGAGGUGAGCGCGCGGUGCGCACACUGUCACAGGCCAACAGCUUCUGAAAUAUACUACUUAAGAUCUACGGGGCAGUGGGACAAACUGACCAUAAAUGUGUAAAUAAAGCAGCCCUACCCCGAGCGCGAGGCGUUCCCCUCAGACUCUUUCGAUCAAUCACACAGACACUGGCUUCUUUUGAUUAAACCCCAAAUUGUCAUUGGACGGGGCUAAUCAUGUGACAAGCAGUACGGUCCAAUUUCAACCUUGUCUCCAUGAAAGCAAUAGUUUCAUGGCAUCGCGGUCCCCAUACGGCCGUAAUCAGUAAAAUAGUUUAAAAAAAAACGGCCACGAUAUUUCAUUAUUUUUUUCUGGGCCACAGAUUUACGAACGCUGAAUUUGUCGAACGUGGUGGAGAUGAAUUGCGAAUUCGAGCGAGAGACGGGUUUUAUCAAUAGUCAGCCGUCGCUCGCCGAGUGCCUGACGUCUUUUCCCCCUGUCGGUGAUGCAUUUCAAAGUUCAUCAAUCAAGAAUUCGACGCUUUCCCACUCGACACUGAUUCCUCCUCCAUUCGAGCAGACCAUCCCAAGUCUAAACCCGGGCAGUCACCCCCGCCACAGCCGGCCCAAGCAGAGCCUGGUCGGUACCUGUCCACUGCCCGCCGCCUCACUACCCCCCGAGUACCCCUGGAUGAAGGAGAAGAAAGCCUCCAAGAAGAACCAGGCAACUUCCACGGCGACAGCACACGACACGGGAGCCAUUUAUUUUUCUCCUCAAGGAUCGCCCGAGCUCUCGGACGGCGGCAGCGGGACGACCCGGCGGCUGAGGACCGCGUACACGAACACUCAGCUCCUGGAACUGGAGAAGGAGUUCCACUUCAACAAGUACCUUUGCAGACCCCGGCGCGUGGAGAUCGCCGCGCUGCUGGACCUGACUGAGCGGCAGGUGAAAGUCUGGUUUCAGAACCGGCGGAUGAAACAUAAGCGGCAGACCCAGUGCAAGGAGAACCAUCACGGCGAGGGGAAAUGUAAGGGCCAGGAGGACAGCGAUCAGGGCGACGGAAAGUCAUUCUAUGAGCAGGCGGGGAACAAUGUGAGCGGAGCUCUUUUGGAGAGAGAGACAUACCAGUUCCAGCAGAAUACCAUAACUUCACAACAGUCACAGAGCGGGCACAAUGGCGAGAUCCAGAGCGCUACUGUUCCUGCUCUAAGCAGUAAUGAGAAAAAUCCGAAACAUUUCCCCAGCCCGUCACCCCCCGGCUCGGCCCUCGCCGCAACAAUGGCGGUGGACUGCGCAGCUGGUCGGGACAAUGGCGCUUCCCCGGCCCUGGACAUUUCUUUGCAGGACUUUCACGUUUUCACCUCGGAGUCCUGCCUCCAUCUCUCGGAUUCCGUGUCCCCAGGUCUGUCAGAUUCGGUUGAUAGCCCAGUAGGCAUCUCAUCUGAGGGAUUUGAUUUCUUCUCAGAGACACUCACUACCAUCGAUCUGCACCACUUGAGCUACUGACCGAACACUCAGCACAAGUUAAGUCCAGAACUGUGUCCACUCCUCUCUAAAAUCAGUGUCUCACACUUUCGGCGCGAUUCCCUCUUUAAUCAUGAUGUAAUUGAUUAGUCCAUUAACCUAAAGAGGUAAGUUUGCUAAUAACGGAAUUAAGAAUUCUAUGUUUACAAGUUCGGCAAUGCAGGAAACAAAUAAAUAUUUUCUCAUUUUAUUUUUGUAUCCCUUUCAGGUAACUUCAUAUUUUCUUAGAAUAAAUUUGUACUUGUAACUAUAGAGAAUGUCAGUGUUGUGCAUUUAUUUCACAUUUUCUUAGUGAGGAUACAUUUUUAUUUAAACGAAGUUAUUUACUGGACAAUCAAAAUACCCACAGAGGGCGAAAUACACAAAUAAAUAGGUUUGUUUCUGAAGAAGGGAAAAUAUUGCAAUUUAUAAAAAUUAAAUGUGAAGGUUUCAUGCAACAAGUGACUUUAAUUCGAUUAUAAUUAGGCCAACUAGUUUGCAUAAUGUUGAAGGGCCUUUGGAGCCUAAAGGAAGAGUGUGUGUGUUUCAUCGCAGCAGUAACCUGCGUUUAUGGGCUCAUUAAAGCCGAGCCGCUCUGUACUUAAAAACAAUAUCAAAAUAUUAGGCUACUUAAUGGAAGGACCUCUAAAAAGUCUCUAAAAAAUCUACAAACAAAAAAAAGAAAUGUCCAGCUAUGUCUGCAUUACUACAGCAUCAUCAACACAUAUGUUGCUAUUAUGCAAAAAAAAUACAACGGAGUAAUUUUAGGGUUUAUUUCAAAUUGAAGAUUUUCGCGUGGGAGCCGGCCGGAGCUGUGACGGAAUGCGUAAAUCAGGCUAAGUUUUAUGAAUGACUUUUCGCCAUUAAGGAGAUUGAUUUCUCUCGCGUCGACUGCACAAAUAAAAACACGGCGGCUCGUGUACCGGCCGGCCCUGGGAGCUCGCCCUGUAAGCCAGUGCCGUUUUGGAGUUUAGCAAUUACAUUUUAUUGCCUAUUAAACCUUCGACAAGAGGCUGCGUGCCGAGGGGGUGUAGCGCGUAAUUCAGUCUGAUUUUGUCAGAGAAUAUUUAUUUGAUUUUGUUUCAUUUCAGUUUAGCCUACCUCUUUUUUUAUUUUUCCAAACGAUCUGAAUGCUUGGCAUAGGGAAUACAAUAAUCCACAAGUAGCCUAACUUCUGAAAUAAAUUAAUGAGUAUUAUGUUAAAGUUGAAUUAUUUGGAGUCCAAAUAAAUGUUUUUGCUGGUGGUAGGUAGGUUUACUAUUAUCAUAUACAUGUUACAACUUGUGCAAGUAACUUAUGCAAGCUAUGACAAGGAGUUUGGUCACACGCAGAACCCAAAUAGUUUAUUAUGUAUUUAUUUGUUUGUAUUUAUGCCUUUAUUAGUUUAUUAAUUGUGAGUAUGUUUUCUGAUUUCCACCCAGACCAUGGGAGUCAGUAGUGAAAUGGCUGUGAGACACCACUCUUGCUCAGUCAGGUCGGCCUGUUUCAGGCCUACAGGCCACGUCCGCUACUCUGGGACGAGUCUAUAUAGUCUAUAGCUUGGACUGCGUCCCUGGAUUUGAUGUCUUCAUCGUAACAUUUACUCUUAAAAGUACUUUUCAGAGGGCAUGCACGGGUUGAUGUGGGGGUGGGUGGCGACUUUAUCAAUGUGAUAUCUGAAGGGAUGCCAGUCCCAACACGGUGGUGUUGUUUAGUCCACUAAUCAGACGCGCCAUUUCUGAGCUCUCCGCAUAUGGAGGAGGUGCGUAUGGCUACCCGCGCGCUAUGCGGGCCAGCUAUAACUGGUCUCUUCUCUCCUCACUUUCGUAACUUGGCGCUGUCUCGCUCUAAUUACAUAGAACUGGCGUGAUUAACAACAGAAAUGACAAUCUGGCGAAGGACGGACCAUGACGUCAUCCUCACCCCUCUUCUCAUACGUCCUAUAUAUGAACUUCUCUCCCUCAGCGGAAUGGCUUUUGUUCGGGCCCACUUUUAGCCCAGCCUACCAACUGCAGGAGUUGAAUCAAUCUACAGUGCACCUGUUAGUAUGCCAUAGGCUACAAUGUUGAUUAUUCACAGAGACUUAAAAUUUUGUCAUGAAAUAUUAUUUUUAAUACUAAGAUGGUAGGGUCCGUUAUAUGUCUAUUCCAAAUCCUGGCCGGACAUGGUUAGUUUGGUCUCGCGUAUUCAGUGAAGGGGGUGGUCUUCCGCGCAGUCAAUCUGUGCCGUCCCGUGCCUUUAUUCUAUUGAUCUGCUCACUCGGAGCCGCCCCCCCCCCUCUCUGUCUCUCUCUCUCUCUCUCUCUCACACACACACACACACACACACACACACACACACACACACACACACACACAACUGAAAGAGGGAGACAGGAGGAAAGCAUUGCGUUUUCAACAGCCAAGCCUCCAUUCUGCGACCAGGAAGCUACGUCACCCGCACGAGCUGCUGAAAGUCAACAGUGAGCUUCAACACGAGAGGAAAUUCUUAAUGAACUGCCUGACGUGACUGGAUUCUCAACAGCUGCUGGCCGGUGGUCGGUACACUAAGUAGCUUAAGAUGCGUAUUGCAAAUGUAAUGUAAAACAAUAGGCUUACAGGACUUUGCUAUUUAUCAGAUCUGACAAUAAACAGUGACUUUAAUCGAAAAUGGAACUGUCUCCAAUGAUUAGGGUUAUGCGUCAAGAUGGCAUAUAUAAUGUUUUUUUAAAACUAAGAGUUGGAACUUGAUGUUCCAGGUUGGAACUAGCGCAUUCCCUGAAGCGUGAACUCAGUGACAGGCUACCGGUGGAGUGUGCGUCCUUUGUGGCCCUAUUCUAGGCCAGUCUGAAAUGUCCCUAGCCUCACGCCUGUCCGUUAAUCUACCUUUAGUUUACGAGGUUAUGCUACCUUUUUUGAAUAGCUAGGCUACAUUAGGCCUACACACUGGCCUGUUAUCUAAACCCACAUCGCUGACCGGAGGUCACGAGCUACAAAGGAAUGAUCAGAGUACCGUCUCUCGGAUCACAUGGACGUUUUCACACAACCGUCUGUUGUCCCGCAGCAGUCCUGGUGCAUUCUGGUUUGUUAAUGUUAAGAGCCUUCCGCUAACAGCCAGGCUGCGGCUUAGCGACACGACAUGACUGCAAUUACAGAUCGAGACCCUGUUUAUGAAUCACAUAAAGACAUUUUUUUUCAGAGUUACUAAUCUUAAACAUCUGUGUAACCUACCAACCCACCCCCGAUCUCUAGAGAGAACUGCAUGACGGCCAUUGCCAGAAUCAGCUGUCCUCUUCGCUCUCACACACUGAUCAUGUUUUUGGCAGUCUUGCGAAUGGUUAAAUCAUUCUUAUUUCCUCCGCGGUGACAUCAGCGAGUGGGACCAAGCUCGUGCCUCCGGUGAGUCCCGCGGCCAAGCGGAUGACCGCAACAGCAGCCCCUCCCGCCAAGAAGAAGGCCUCACCAAGCGUGUCAUCUUUUAAUGAGAAAUAAACAAAUAAACAUAUUUAAGAAAUAAAGAAAACGAAACUGCAACUGUGUGAAUGUAUUCCACCUGACUCCAAUGGCAUCUGUGUGGUGGUGGGAAGCACUGCUGCAGCUCAAAUGUGCUGUGUGACCGAUGCGCUCUGUGUGCUGGAGGCCCUAAGCUGCAUGAGCUGCAUGGCACUCUGAAGGGAGGAGAGCAGCUUUGGGCCAGAGCUGGGAAGAUGUAAGGCAGCCUCUCCGCAUAGAAGGCACACACACACACACACAGACCGUAAUCUCUUUUACUCCCUCUCUUGCUCUGACUAUCACUGAUA